UGCUCCCUUCCUUUCCCUCUUACCAGCAGAGCUUUUUGUAAGGUUUCUCCCAGCAGCUGGCAAAGUUCAACGUCUCAGUGAUUGAAUGCAUGAGUAGGAGGGGUUGGCUAAAGAAGGAAAGCGAAAGCUGAGAAGGAAGCAGAGCCAGAUAAAAACAAAACAGGAAGGCUUUUAAGAAGACAAUUAAAAUGAGCGAGGAGCAGGAGAAAUGUCUCCAGCAGUUUUACGCUAGUCAUGUCUUCCUUUCCGGAGAGGACAGGAGGGUGGAAGAGAACUUCUUUGCAGUGAAGACCCUGAUGGAUUCAAUAGUGAAAUGGGCUUACCAGUCCAGCACUGGGUUGUAUCCCAAGGACCCCAUCUCUGUGGGCAGCUACCCAGAAGGGCUGCAUCUCCACCUCAAAGACACUUCCAUUAAUUUUGACUUCCUCGUCCCAAUAAGGUUUAACCCAACGUUGGCCCUCGUCAGUGGGGGCAUUGCCAAAAAUCCAAGCAACUAUGAACAGAAACUUCCUACCUAUAUGUUCCAUGACAACGGAGUGCCCGUGUACCGCUGGGGCUCAAAAAUACUUGUGGAUCUGGAGGCUGCGGAAGAGGCACACGUGGAAGUCCACUGUCAUAACCAAAAAGCGUGGAUGGAGGAUGACGACAUUGAUCUUGAUGAAUUGGAUGAAUACAAGGAGAGCCUCAAACACCACAACCUGGACCCUGUUCAAAUCCUGCAGGACUUUCACGGUUAUGUCAAAAUUGCAUUGGAUCCAGCUUACUCACAUCCUCUGCAAAACGAUCCGGUUUUCCAACGAAGGCUUCGUCCCCCCAAAGUGCCCACCAUAGCCAUCUGGACUAGACAGAACACCACGCUAGAGGCCGUGCAUCCAGAUGGUCCGGCCAUCCAGCUGUCCUUCCACACAGGGUCUGAAGCCCUGCCCGUGAAGCUGGUGCCUGCCAUCCAGGGAGCCAUCAAACUCUCCAACCAGUGGCUGAGGGAAGACCUGACCCACCUCUCCGACUGGUGGGGUGGGGACCUGGCCAACGAGAAGAGAAGUUUCCUUCGGAAAGUGGCUGCUCUGCAGGAGGUUGGGCCGGAGCUGGUAGCCAAAGAUGGGUUUUGGAGGCUCUCAUUCAGCUGCGCCGAGACUGUGCUUCUAAAGAACGUUGAUGCCGAUGGGGGACAAAGACAGGCGGCGCUGAGACUUCUGAAGUUUGUCAACAAUACAAGAUGGAUGCCAGAAUAUGGCAAAGUCUUGUCCUCCUACCAUCUUAAGACCGUUCUGCUGUGGUGCUGUGAAAUCUACCCUCAGAAGGCUCACUGGGAAACCCUGCUGUCCUCCCUGUGGAACCUGCUGAGGAUCCUAACUCACACCCUCACCAAAAAAAACCUGCCUCACUACUUCCUGCGGCCCGUCAACCUCUUCGGCAAGCGCUACAAAUCCUGCCCCACCCUCUACGGGCCCUUAGCCUUGGAGGCCCUGCGCCACGAAGCUGAAGCAAUGCUGGCCGACAUUGUGGGAUUCCUGCUUCCGGAUGGCCAGGCAGAGGCCCACAAUGUCAGCGAAGACUCUGAGAAGAUUGUAGCUCUUCGGGAGUUUAAAGAAAAGCAUCGGGAAGAUCUGAAGGCGCUGAAGAGGAUGGAGGAUGAACACAAGUAUGAGGUGGUGGAAACGGCUGAAGGGUAAAGGGCUGAAGUCCUGAGCAAAGACAAAGUCCAUUGUGAGCACGCUUGUUCUGUAGUUCAGAACUGGUCAUUCCCCCACUAGCUUUCCCCAAAUUUUGAGGACCGCACAGGUUUUUUUGGAGAGGAUUCCGGUCAUCGAGAUUACAGAAGAAAAAGCCUAAAAUCAUGCAGAUGAGCACUGCAUCAAAAACAAGUGAUUCAAAACAAGGAAAUUCCCCAGCACUCUUGCAGACACCUCUACAUGUCUUCAAAAUGUGUCCAUUUCACAAUUAAAAAGUUGCUUGUGAUACAUUUCAGUUGAAACAGAUUUAAUGCAUUCCGUUCUAUGAUACAUGGAGAUGACCAAGCAUGUUCUUUGCCCUCCAUCGGGCAGAGAAUACUGAAGGCAGUUGAGCCCAAAUUGGAAAGGAUUAAAAAAAAAAAGACCACGACGACACGCAACAGGAGGUGAGAGAGAGGAAAAUGGCUGUACUGAGACAGUCUGCUAACUGUAGUGGGGAAGGAGUGUUGAAAUUAGUUUCCCUC